UGUGGAAAACCGUGUAUCCUAGGACAGGCUUUGGGGUUUCUCAGAGGAGGACACCAAUGACAGAGUGCUGCUUCAUAUCUGCUCCAACACCAAAAAAGUGACUUGCUGGAUUAUGAACAUUAAAGAACCCAGUAAAUCUUCUAAAUCUGCGACAUGGCGUUACCUGCAGUGGAUGAUAGCGCUCUGGCCCGUUGCAGUCUGCCCCAUGGACAUCGACCUGAUGUUCCCUAUCAAGGACAAGACCCACCACGGUCUGAUGCGGGCCAUGAAGGAUGGGAUGAAUAGGUGGGCAAAGAAGACUGAGGGCAGUGUUUGUCUCCUCAACAACAAAAAGCUACCAGCUGAGACAAAUUUGAACCCCCCCAACUAAGGCAAGUUUGGUGUGGUGUGCAACUGAACAUUGAAACGUCAUUGCUGAUGAUCCUUGUGAACGACAACUGUUUACCUCCUGUAUGUUCUUUAGAGAACAAUUUCACAAAGGAUAAAGAUCCAAGGUCAGAUCUUCAUCCCAACAGGAA